AUGAAUGCCGGCUUGAUUCUGGCAGCAUGGAAAGACCUGGGCUUCAACGAGCUGGACAACCCCGGCAGCACGCACACCCUUGCAAGUGAUGGUGAAUGGGAUGUGCUAUGGAGUUUGAUGCCCCAACACGGCCGGUCUGUUGAUUUGGCUCCAUUCCUGGGCGUCCCCAUAGAUUGGUCUUUCUACCGAUCCCAUAUGCCCACGUGGGACUUCGCACGGGCCCGCGCUUAUCAGAUUCACAACCACUGCUUCACCUUCCACGGCGCCCCGGUGGGUCCGAAGCAUCACUUGGCGAUCAGCCUUCGAAAGCUGAGGGAUCACUUGGCGGCAUCGGGCUCCAGUCUCCGUGCCGACCCAGAAGAUGAAUGUGUCGCGGGGCUCUGCUUCCCGGAGAGCUACGUCGUCAUGGUGGGUAGCAAGGGGCUGGAUGAAGCCGAGACGGUGACGAAGAAGCUUUCAGAAAAGAAGGAGAUGGUGGCCAAAGCGUGUCACUCCUCUGGGGGCCGCAGCAUUACGAUACUGCGAUCUCCGGGUGAUCUGUCGAACCUUCUCGCUCGAGCAGGUCACGGCACAAUGUUCCUGGUGCAGCGGCGCAUCCAGUCUCCGCUGAUUGAGGGCCGCCGCUUCCACUUCCGGCUGUAUGCAAGGCUCACGUCGCUUCACCCUUUGCGAGUGUAUGUCCACCACGACGACAAUGAUGGAGGCUAUGCCGUUCUCGCAAGAAAAGCUGCUUCCUCGUCUCCGCAUGCAGAAAGCGAGAAGCUUGUCGAGAGAGGCUCUUGUUCUCAUGCAUCUGGGGUUUGCACGCCGCAGCAAGACGAGGAGUUUGUGACGAACUAUGGCGAUCGGCAGAUCUCCCAGGGCGAGUUUACCAGGCUUUAUCGGAAUCUUACUGGUGCCGAUCCAGAUGCUUUGCUUCGUCGAAUGCACCACAGCAUCGUGGUGAUGCUUUUCGCGGCCGGCCACCACAGCCGGCAUUCCGACCUCUUCAGGAGACUGCAGUCCCUACUUGGAGGAGCGCGAUGCUUCGAGAUCCUGGGCGUGGACUUCCUCUUUGAGGAGUACGAGGAGAUGCGCGAUGGCCAACCCCACAUUGCUUGGGCUCCGUACCUCGUGGACGUGACCCCUUCGCCAGGAUACGGGAGGCCUUCGGUGGCCUCGUCGCACCGCCUUCUGCGCGACUUCUUCCGAACCUUCGUGACUGGUGAUCCUGACCCAGAGCUGCAGCGUCCUGCCUCCAACAAUGCAACCGACGCUGAGGAGGAGGACAAAUGGCAGGUUGUGUCAGAGAAGGCGGCCUCUUUGGGCUUGGAGCUGAGACCGGAGGAUCGGCCCCUCGUCCGACGCCUUGACGUCGAGGCAGACUCUCGCAGGUGGUGUCGCCUCUUUCCACCAGCAAGGGAUGGUCUUCUGGGCUUGAGCUUCAAUUACAUGCCGCUCUUUGCCAGUGGGCCGACCCGUGAGGACACGUUGUCCAUGCUAUGGGCUGGUGUGCCGCCAGAGGACCUUCAAGCGAGAGGCGACUUCCAGAAACCCGUCCACCUUGCGGACAAGGUGCUAAACUGCUUCUUCGAGCGGGUCGGUGGACAUGGCAUUUCGCCAAGUGAGGAGUUCGUCUUAACGGAGGGCCUCACCAGGAUUGCCAUGGCUUCAGAUGCAGACUUGUCGAAGCCGGGAGGGCAGCAGGUCAUCAGCAACGUCCCUGCCUUCCUUGUCAAUUUCUUCAGUUCCGGCUGUGCCCAAAGUCAAGUGAAGCUGCCCGCGUUAAUGCGGCUGCUGGCAUAG